ACGGUUACAGUCACGCGGGGGAAGAGACAAGAGAACAUCAACUGCCAAUCACUAGCAUCUCUGUACUUCAUUACACCUAAACGAUGGCCUUCAAUCCCCUGAUUUCACCUUUCGCCACCGUUUCAUCCGGCGACAACCACCUCUUCGCCGCCAUCGACCUCGGAACCAACUCCUUCAAACUCCGCAUUGUCCGAGCUGACCCCACCACCGGCCGUUUUCUCACCCUCCAACGACUCAAAGAGCCAGUUGUUCUCGUCUCCGGUGGCAACAACAACACCGCCAUAUCAUCCUCAGCCCAGGCCCGCGCCAUCGAAUCUCUUCGAAAAUUUCAAAACAUCAUCCACUCACUUAACGUCCCUCCCUCCCACCUCCGCCUCGUCGCCACCUCCGCCAUCCGCGAAUCCUCCAACCAAUCUGAAUUCCUUGAACUCAUCCACGAUACUCUAGGGUUACAAAUCGACGUGGUAUCAGGAUACGAAGAAGCCCGCCUUACCUACCUUGGUGUCCUACAAUUUCAUCCGAUUUACAAUCACACAGUUCUUACUAUCGACAUAGGAGGGGGGUCGACUGAAUUUGUGAUCGGAUUUAAAGGUGAUAUAAAAUUUGGGAUUUCACUGAAACUAGGGCACGUAACUUUGACCCAAAGGUUUGUAAGAAACAACGCAACCGACGCCAUGAGAGAGCACAUUAGGGCUGUCGUUAAAGAAUCAGGGCUAAUCGAAAACGUUCUCCAACAAAAGAUUGAUAUCGCCGUUGGAUCCUCUGGUUCUAUUCGAAUGAUCGAGAAGGCAAUAUUUCUGGGUUAUAGUAAUGAUCUGGUGAAUGAGAUUGGUUUACUCGAAGGGUAUAGAAGGGAUUGGAAGUUUACCAGGGAAGAACUGAGGGUUCUUGUUGACAAGCUGUGUGAAGAAGAAAGUGAAGUUGAAGGAGGAAAGGUGUACAAUCGGAAAGGGUUCUUCAAGACAAGAUCAGCAUUUAUCGUGGCUGCUGUAAUUUUGCUGGAAGAGAUCUUUGGGUUGCUUGAGAUUAAAGAGAUGGAAGUUUCUGGUUAUGCAUUAGGAGAAGGUGUUAUUGCUGAGAAAUUAGCAGAGUUCUUUGAUGGAUUUGAUUUGAAUGCAAAUGCAAGGUGGAGAUCAAUCUUGAGGCUUGCAUCAAGAUUCAACAAUAAGAAAAGAAUGACUUCUGCUGCAUCAUGUGCUUCUAUUGCACAGGGAAUUUUUAGAGGUUUAAGGAAGUGGAGUGAGAUUGAUGAUCAACAAAAACAAGUUGUUUUAUUGGAUGACAAGGAUCUUGAAUAUCUUGAAGCUGCUUGUUUGCUUCAUAAUAUCGGUUUAAUCACUGGGAAAAAAGGCUACCAUAAGCGCUCAUACCAUAUAAUCAUGAAUGGAGAGCAUCUUCAUGGAUAUAACACUGAAGAGGUUAAGUUAAUUGCAUUGCUUGCAAGGCAUCAUAGAAAGAAAUUCCUGAAACCUGAUCAUGAUUCUCUAAGUGAAUUCCCACGUGAGAUGAAGCAGAAGUUGAGAGUUCUUUGUACAAUCAUCCGAUUGUCUGCAGUUUUAAAGCAAUUCCAGUCUUUGAGCUUUCAAGAUGUUGAGCUUUCACAUUCUCAUGAAGGCUUUAAGUUGGUGGUGAGGGACACUAGCGGCUCUCCGCCAGCAAAUGGUGGUGAGUUGAUACCUACAGCCACUGAUGUGGAGGUGGAACUAAGAAAAGAAUUGGAGUACUUUGAAGAGGUAAUUGAGCAAAAGUUGUCAGUUGUAUUGAUAAUAUCUGAAGUAGGACUUGUCCUCUGUAAGCUAUAG